CAGUGUCAUAAAAUUUUCGAGAAGAAGUUCCUAGGUAGCUAGAGUCGUUAGCUUGAUAUCAAGGAUCAUUUUUUACAACGUCAACAUCGAUCAACAGUCGGUUGGCGCAGUCAUAUUUUCUUCCUUCGAGUCUGUCAAAUCUCUUGACCUCCACACGAAUUUUUGACAUUUAUUGUCAAAAAAACAAAAAUAAAGAUGGGACGCUCUCAACGCCAACGUACCCAACGCGAACGCCGCUCGUGCGCGUCGCGCGCCGCCACCACGGCUGCUACCGCUGGUGUGCUAACUGUGUCCGCCGUUUCGUUCACGAGGCAGUCUCGUGCUGGAGUGGUAACACAGGAUCCUGCUGGUGCAGGUGCUGCAGGAGGAGCUAGUUCACCUGGUCUAGCACGUGGUAGUGGCUCUGGAACUUCUUCUGCUGUUGCUGAGGUUUCCACCCACACCAACAAACCUGGACAAGCUGGAGCUUUCUGUGGCCAAGUCUGUCCUGGUGAUGAUGGCAAUGACGAAGAAGCCAAAAAGGCCAAGCAGCAACUGGAGGCGAAGGACAAGGAGAUUUCUGAGCUCACAGGCAAGCUGGGUGAUGCGGACGACACGGUUCGCGGGCUCGAGGAUAAGCUGAGUGCUGCACAAGGUGCCGAACGCGCGGCGAAGGACGAGGUUGCAGCGAAGGAGGCGGAGGUUGCAAAGCUCGAUGGGGAGCUGGCUCGUGUCAUAAACGAGCACGCAGAUGCUAUACAAUCAAUCCAAGCCCAAUUGAAGAAAAGUGAAGAAAUGGCCAAGCAGCAACUGGAGGCGAAGGACAAGGAGAUUUCUGAGCUCACAGGCAAGCUGGGUGAUGCGGACGACACGGUUCGCGGGCUCGAGGAUAAGCUGAGUGCUGCACAAAGUGCCGAACGCGCGGCGAAGGACGAGGAUGCAGCGAAGGAGGCAGAGGUUGCAAAGCUCGAUGAGGAGCUGGCUCGUGUCAUAAACGAGCACGCAGAUGCUAUACAAUCAAUCCAAGCCCAAUUGAAGAAAAGUGAAGAAAUGGCCAAGCAGCAACUGGAGGCGAAGGACAAGGAGGUUUCUGAGCUCACAGGCAAGCUGGGUGAUGCGGACGACACGGUUCGCGGGCUCGAGGAUAAGCUGAGUGCUGCACAACGUGCCGAACGCGCGGCGAAGGACGAGGCUGCAGCGAAGGAGGCUGAGGUUGCAAAGCUCGAUGAGGAGCUGGCUCGUGUCAUAAACGAGCACGCAGAUGCGAUACAAUCAAUCCAAGCCCAAUUGAAGAAAAGUGAAGAAAUGGCCAAGCAGCAACUGGAGGCGAAGGACAAGGAGACUUCUGGGCUCGAAGAGGCCAACAGGGUCGCAAAAGAGGAGAUAG